AUGUUGAACUCGGUCAAUCCCAUUCCUACAUCUAAUUUACUUGAACCCAAAACCCCUUGGUUUCAGCACGAGAUAGUCCCCCAGGCCUGCCCUUUGUUUUUGGACUCAAUGUCAGAUGUAGAUCUUGUUGGAGCCCAAAAGAACCAGCUUGAAAAAGUCAAAGGUAGCAGUGUAGUUUACUAUUGUAUCACGCUUAUAACACUUCCUGACCUUUCUAUCUCCCAAUCACAUCAAUUAUUUGCAACACUGGCUUCCAAUUUCAACAAAGACAUCAGCAUGAAACAGGUUGAAGACAACACAAAGCAAGUUCAAGACCUUGAAACCAGAGCCCUGAAGCUUCAAGUUGCACCAAAAUCCAGAAGAAACAAGUUUGAGACCUUGAAGCCAGAAUCAAUUUUGACUCUUUCAUCAAUUUAUGAAGUAGUUGCAAACAUGGAAGUAAGUUUCAACCUUCUCAACACUCAAGCGGGAAUUUGCACCAAAGAAAUUAUAACCAACAAACUGGCUUUAGAUGGACAACUCGCCCAAAUAAGAUCAUCCCAGAUUGAGUGCAAUGCAUUCAUGGCAACCAAAGCAUUGCAGGAGAGCUGUGUGCAUGCAAAUAAGGUCAUGAAUUUUGAAGUCAAGACGACUGACCUACAACAAUGGUUAGAUUUGACUCAUAUGACAGCUCAGGGACACAGGAGAGUACUCCAACAAAUUAUAGAUGCAUUGCACUUAGAUAUCAAUAUUGCAGAAGAGAUCAACAUUCACCCUGUGGUUGAAAACAACCCACCACUUCCAGAUACUCCUUCCACCGGAAAUGAUUAA